AUGCCACGUGAUGCUAAUGAUGAAGAAGAGAAAGAUCCUGGACCAAAAACAAUCAUUUCUACGUUAAGUACUUUGUACCCUGAUUUUGUGACCUUAGUGAAAGUUGCUAAUACAUCAAGAAAGAACAAUAAUAUUAAUAUGUCUGGUACUGAUGACCUUACUGAUUAUCUUUAUCUCAUUCUUGCUGAAUUAGCGAAGAAAGUUGAGGAGAACAAAAAUAAUGGAGGAAGAACUGCACUUAAGAUUGCAGACAAAGCUGACAAAAGUUAUGUUGACGAAGAGAUACGUAAAGUUGCAUCUAAAGAAUAUACUUUAUCACAGUCUGUCAUACUUAAGACAAUCAAAGGUCCAGAGAAAGAUAUGUACCCAGGUGAUGGUACAACAGUUAAAGUUAAUGAAAGAGUUUCAUUCCCAUCUGGUAUUGAUGCAAAAGAAGUAUAUAUUAAUGGUGAAAACAUCAAUACAACAUUGAUUCCUUUGAAAAAUAAUGAGUUCACUGAACCUUUGACAGUUAAAUCAAUUCGUUCAAGAGAAGACAAACCUGUUAUAAUCAAUAAAAUAGGAGCUGAUAAUGACCAACCAGUUCAAAUCAAGAAAAUAAGAGCUGAUGACAUUAUCUUGAACUAUACUUUAGGUUCAAGUGCUCCACAAGAAGAUCCAAGCACUAGUGUAAGAGAUACACUUAAUAGUUUAGAUAGUAAAUGUACGAACAUUGAAGGUCAUGUCAGAAACUUUGAAACACAUGAGCUACCAACAAUGUUAGAUAAGAAAGCUGACAAAACUUAUGUGGAUGCAGAACUAACAAAGAAAUUUUGGAAACCAGAUAAAAUGACAUUUACAACAGAAAUUAUAAAUGGUGAACCAGCA